CGGCGUUAGACUGAAGGGCGCGAGAUGGAGCGGCUGUGUGGAGGAGGAGAAGAGAAGAAGAAGAAGAAGAGGAGUUGAAACUGAUACUAGAAGCUGCAAUAAAAUCAAAUCAGCAUGUGGACACGAAACUCAUCUGAGGGGACCGUGAUUUUCCCUUUUUUCAUCUUAUAGUUUUCAAUCUGAAUAUACCGUUUGAUUCCAUUGCUGCUCGUAUCAGAUUGACUCUCUCUGAAUCUUCUCUCUCUCUGUCUCCUUCCCACUCUGCCCACCUCAAAACCCUGGGAACCUACUGAUGAAGCGGUUUCGCCCCUGAAGGGUUGAUUCCAAAUUGGAUUUUAACACAUCAUGAGGCCGCCUUGACCAUCCUAUCUACUACUUUUACAAUUUCUCUACUGCCUCUUGUUAUUAAAAUAUAUAUCCUAUCUUCAACUAGGGGGAAUGCAUACUGUGAGAGAUAGAGAAAGGGGGAGUCUAUAAAGUUAGGGAGUAGAAACCAACUGCGGAACAGACUCUUCUAAAAUCCUUGGUUUCUCAUUCAUAAGUUAGAACAAUAACAAUGGUGGUAAAGGUGUAUGGCCCCUCCUAUGCUUCUCCUAAACGUGUGUUAGUGUGCCUCGUUGAGAAGGAGGUUGAGUUUGAAACCAUCCCCAUUGAUCUCUUCAAGCGAGAACAUAAAGAUCCUGAAUUCCUCAAAUUACAACCCUUUGGAGCAGUUCCUGUUAUUCAAGAUGGGGAUUAUACUUUAUAUGAAUCACGUGCAAUCAUAAGAUACUAUGCAGAAAAGUACAAGUCGCAAGGGACUGAUUUGCUGGGAAAGACAAUCGAGGAAAGAGGUCUUGUGGAACAGUGGCUAGAGGUUGAAGCACAAAACUAUCACCCAUCAAUUGAUAACUUGGUCAUUCACAUCUUGUUUGCCUCGGCCCUGGGUGGAACUUCAGACCCAAAGAUCAUUCAAGAGAGUGAGGAAAAGCUAGGCAAGGUGUUGGAUGUGUAUGAGGAGAGGCUGUCGAAGAGCAAGUACUUGGCUGGUGAUUUUUUCAGCCUUGCUGAUCUUAGCCACCUUCCAUUUACCCAGUACUUGGUGGGUGCUGUAGGGAAAGAUUAUAUGAUAAAGAGCAGAAAGCAUGUCUCUGCUUGGUGGGAUGAUAUUAGCAACAGGCCAUCGUGGAAGAAGGUCCUCGAGUUCGGUGCCCCAUUUUAAGGUGUCAAUACCCCUUUCACGGUAACUUGUCACUUAUCCAGCAAGUGAAAGAUUAUUGUGAGAAGAGUUUGCAUGCACUCACUGUGUGCUUUCAGAAAAAUAAAUGCACAUUAGUACUUAUGGGAAUAAUGUGCUUUUUCCUUCGUAAUUUCUUAGCACAUAAGCUCUACUCGAUUUUGCCUUAUCCUGACAAUUUCUGAUGGAGCAAAUACUGAAAUCUGUUUCGAGUGGAUUGAAUAGGAUUGUACUUUUAAGUA